AUGGAAGGAGCUUCAACAACGAAUGAUGCAGCCCAGCCCUCCAUUGCUGCCCAGGUUCCUUUCAACGACCUCUGCAACCUUUUAGAGAAAAUCCAAAAGUGUAAACUCCGGCCAGAGAAAACCAAAAUCCUUGGGGAUUUCAUUGACUCAUGGAGGAAGUAUCAUGCUUCUCUCCACAAAGACAAUCCCAAAACUACAGACUCUUUCUACCCAGCCAUGCGCCUUAUAGUCCCUCCAUUUGAACGGGAGCGUAUGGCGUAUGGCAUCAAAGAGAGCAUGUUAGCCAAACUCUACAUUGAUGUUCUAGGCCUUCCAAAGAACGGCCCAGAGGCAAAUAAACUUCUGAACUACCGUGCUCCCACUACCUCCCAAGGAGAAGCAGGAGACUUUGCCGGCAUGGCGUACUUUGUGCUAAAAAAGCGGUGCACUAGCCAAGGAAACCUGAAAAUCAAAGAUGUCAAUGACUUUCUGGACUCUGUGGCGAUCAACAAUGCAACCAAGAAGAAGGACCUGGUAAAAAAGAGUCUGCUGCAUCUCAUCACGCAAAGCUCGGCUCUGGAGCAAAAGUGGCUCAUCAGGAUGAUUCUGAAGGACAUGAAACUUGGGAUAAGCAAAGAGACGGUUCUCCAAGUCUUCCACCCAGAUGCCAGUGAUCUCUACAACGUCACCACAGACUUGAACAAAGUGUGCCAACAGCUUCAUAACCCCUCUGUUUCAUUAAGCGAAGUCUCUAUUGGACUGUUUUCUGCUUUUAAGCCCAUGUUGGCAGCAGUGGCCAACAUACGAAAUGUUGAGAAACAAAUGGGAAACAGCCCGUUUUACAUAGAAACCAAGCUGGAUGGGGAGCGCAUCCAAUUGCACAAAGACGGGGAUGUGUACAAGUACUUCAGCCGAAAUGCUUUUGAAUACACCCAGCAGUUUGGAGGAUCUCCAUUAGAGGGCUCACUGACACCUUACAUCCACAAUGUCUUUAAAAGCAACAUUGUGAACUGUAUCCUCGAUGGCGAGAUGAUGGCGUUCAACCCAACCACCGAGAGUUUCAUGCAGAAAGGAAGCAAAUUCGACAUCAAGAGACUCAUGGAUGACUCUGAGUUACAGACGUGCUUCUGUGUUUUUGACGUUUUGUUGGUGAAUAAUCAGAAACUCAGCAAGGAAACUCUGAAGAAGCGCUACGAGGUCCUGCAGACAGUCUUCACCCCAGUUAAGGGGAGGAUGCACCUGGUGCCGAAGACUGAUGCCAGAACCAUGCAAGAGGUGGUGAAUGCACUCAAUGAUGCGAUUGACAGCAGAGAGGAAGGGAUCAUGGUGAAAGACCCUUUGUCCAUUUAUAAACCGGACAAGCGAGGGGAAGGAUGGCUGAAAAUAAAGCCUGAAUACGUAGAUGGGUUGAUGGAUGAGCUUGAUCUUCUAAUUGUUGGUGGCUACUGGGGAAAGGGAAGACGUGGUGGCAUGAUGUCCCACUUCCUGUGUGCUGUUGCUGAAGCUCCAAAGCUGGGUGAAAAGCCAUCAGUCUUCCACACUCUGUGCCGCAUCGGAUCUGGCUACACCAUGAAGGAGUUGUACGACCUUGGUUUGAAGCUAGCCAAGAACUGGAAGGUCUAUCGUAAGAAUGACCCUCCAGCCUCCAUCUUGUGUGGAACCGAGAAACCAGAAGUUUACAUCGAACCUUGCAACUCUGUCAUUAUCCAGGUCAAGGCAGCAGAAAUAGUAGGAAGUGACAUGUAUAAAACUAACUGCACCCUGCGUUUCCCGAGGAUUGAGAAGAUUCGCGACGACAAGGAGUGGCACCAGUGCAUGACUCUGGCAGAGCUGGAUCAGUUCCGGAGUAAGGCUUCUGGGAAACUGGCCUCGCGACACCUUCGCAUCGAUGACGACGAACCGCAGAAGAAGAAGCGCAAGAUACCCGCCAAACCUAAGAAAGUGGUGGGGAUUGUUGGCCACUUCAAACAUCAGGAUCUCUCUGGGGUAACCAAGGAGACAGAUAUGUUUGAGGAUGUGGAGUUCUGUGUUCUGAAUGGGACUGCAGAUCACCCAAAAGAUGAGCUCGAAAAGGGUGUUGCCAGGUAAUGCCACUCUUUUACCUACAUUCAGUCAGCACUAUCUAAUAUACGAUAAAACCAUUCUCUGUCAUAAAUCCACUGGUGAGUAUUCACCAUCAGGAGCAGAAGCAGAUUCAUUUACUUUGACCAUCUUUCUUUUCAUGCUCACUCUGUCCCUCUGCUUCACUUACACACACCUGCUCCUCCUGCUCAGCCCAACCCUACUUUAGGUUUAAAGGUGCAAAAAUCAGAAACUUCUUUAAUGAAAAUCUGACAACUGACUGCUUUUGUUUUCUCUUUAGGUGCGGUGGAAUAGUGGUACAAAACCCAGGCCGGGACACCUACUGCGUGAUCGCCGGGGUGGAGAACAUGCGUGUGAAGAACCUGGUUUCAUCUGACAAGCAUGAUGUAUUGUGGGCUGCCUGGUUGCUGGAGUGCCUGGACCAGAAGGCAGUGGUCCCAUGGCAACCACGCCACAUGAUCCACAUGACGCCUUCCACCAGGGAGCACUUCGCCAAAGAGUACGACAGCUACGGCGACAGCUACUUUGUGGACACCGACGAGCAGCAGCUGCGGGAGGUGUUUGAUCGAAUAAGCAGUGCGGAAUUGCCUGCUGAACUAAACAUGGGUCAGGUAGAGCAGCGGUACGGCUGGGAGGACCUUCCAACCAGCUUGUUCAGACCCUUUGAGGUUUACAUGGACUGCUAUGCCAACAUAAGCGACCCCAGCACAGCCUUACCUGCUUCUUGUUUGGACAUCAGGGCGCUGGAGUUCCGCUACCAUGGAGGAAGAGUGACCCAGACGUUAGAAGAAGGAGUGUCUCAUGUCAUUAUCGCAGAAGAAACAAGAGUUUUGCAUUUGAGGACUCUGAGGCGCAGCUUUAAGAAGAAGUUCAAGAUCGUGAAAGACUCUUGGGUGACGGAUUCCAUCAAAGCAGGCUAUCUGAUGGAUGAUACUGACUACUUAGUUUGA